UAAAAGAUCAGUAGAGAUCAUAUAUAUAUAUAUAUAUAUAUAUACAUAUAUAGUAUGGUGGGCUUGUAAAUUAUAAUGAAUUAUACAAUUAUUUUUUAUUGUUAAGUUAUUAAUCUAAAAACAAUUAUUUUAUUAAGGUAUCUGAAAAUUUUGUAUUAACUAUUUUUGCAAUAAUUUGAUAACUAAAUUUUAUUGUUUUGCGGCUUGAUAGUUGCAAUGUUUAUUUUUCAACAAAAGAUUAAAUAAGAAGCAUGCUAUACAAUUAUUAUUUCAUAAUGAUUCUAAUUGUGGAGAAGUAGCCUACCAAAUGAUAGGAUCAUUGUUUGAGAAAACUACAAAAAAGCAGGAAGAACUUGCUAAAAGGAAUUUGAACAUCCAACAAAUGGCUUCAAAAAGACAUGGAAUGAAAUGUGUUUCUGAUCAAAAUUUUCAUAAAAAUAUACAAAAUAUAAAAUAUAAUCCUUGUAUGAAUUCUCAAAGUGAGACUAAUAUCAGUUAUAUUCCUUUUGAGCAACAAAAAUCUAAUACAACAUUUGUUAACCAAGGAACUCAACUUUCAAGCUUAAAAGAACAAUGUAAACAACAACAUAAUGAGCCACGAAUGCACAAACACAAUCAAUUCAAAAACACCACUACAAUGCAAAAAAAAUCAUUUCGGGAACUUGAUGUGGAUGAACAUAAUUCAAGUUUGGUUUUGAAUCCUUCAUUUGAACAUCAUCACAAAAAAAGUUUCAAUGUUCACAAUCAAAUACCAACUUCAAAACAACAAUUCUAUGACCAUCAAGAUUGUGAUUCAACUUAUACAAAUCAUGGAUCAGAUGAUGAAAGUUCUUCAUUAAAAUCAUCAUCAGAUACACAUUAUGACACACCUACAGGAAUGAAUUAUCCAAAUUAUGAAACAAAUCAUUUUAGCCAUGCUGUACCUUGUCAUCAAAUUAAAAAUAUGCUCAAAAAAUAUUCAAAGGACAAUGCAAAGAUUGAGUGGGAAAGUGAUCAAACAAAGACAAGUGCAUACAAGAAACGGGAACAAAUUAUUCUUGACAAUGAGGUUAUGUUUGAGAGAAAUAUUGAAGAGGAAAAAGAAUCCUUAGGAAAAUCAGUUCCAUAUAAACAUCAUACAGCAUUUGAUACAAGGAGUUGGAGUUUGAAUCCUUUAGUGCUGGAUAAUGAAAUAACAUGUAAUGAUCAAUACAUGCCAUUUGAAAAUGAAAAUUUAUUCCAAAGCAACAUAAGGGAUUUUUCAACAAAAUCACAAACUUAUAAUCAUCAAACAAACAUGCCUUGCUUGAUCAACACCACCAAAAUGGAUGAACCCAAAUCAAAAAAAAUAGAAUGCAAUGGAAUGUCAAGUAACAAUGUUUUAAUUCCAUGCAAAGAAAUUCAUGUGAAUCAUAAAAAGUAUCAUCCAACGGAGAACACUCAUCAUACUAUUGAUGUUAAAAACAAAAAUAAUAUGUAUUUUAAACCACCUCAACAUUCUUUGACAGGAAUAGAAAUUAAUUUUGAUGAAUAUUAUGAAAGAGAGGAUGAGAUAAAUUAUGAUAGUUAUUGUAAUAAUUUAAAACUUGAAAAUUAUCAACCUUCUUGGACCACUAAUAGCAAUCAUAAUAGAUGGUUGGGUUCAUCAACAAGAGAUCAUUUUAAACACAACAUACAAAAUCAUGAUGUUCAAGUUGAUACUGUGUUUGAAUCAAAACAUAUGAGCAAAGAAAUAAAAAUAAAAGAUACAUCACAUAAUUGUAUCAGUCAAAUAACUGUUGAUGAUGUUGAAACAUUAUUUGACUCACAAGAAAAAACUGCAGGAAAAAAAUGUAAUGUUCCAUGUUCUACAACCAUUGAAGAGGAUUGUAAACCUUGUGACAUUGAGCCUUUCACAAAAACAAAUGAAGAAGAUAAAGAAAUUCAAACUAAUAUUCCUUGUUUGCCACCUAUUAAUUUGAACUUUAAAAUUGUUGAUGCCAAUAUAACAAACUUGAUCAAUCUCGGAUACCAAGAUAGAAUAAAUGACGUUGAUUCACCAAUACAUACAGUAUUAAAUUUCAAGCCUUCUGAAAUUAGUUUUGAACCUCCAAAAACAACACCCACUGCAAAUUUACAUACUCAAACCCAUGAUGAUCAAUUCAAUGGAAAUUCAACUUCAACAACUGAUCACGGUCAAUCGAUGUCACCUCAUCUUCAUAGACAUAAUUGUGAUAACCAACACGCUAUUAAAUGUGCAAAUUCAACAAAUAAUGGGACACACAAGGAAACACCUACACAUUUAUGUCAAUCUCCUUUAUUUUUUAAAGAAUUUUUGUCAAUGUUUCAAACUCAACUUCAAUCCAUGUCACAAAAUGUUCCCAAUCAACAUACAAUCUUUACACGUAAUGACAUUUCAAAUCCAAAUUAUGCAAAAGAUUGUCAAGAUGAAUAUUUCAAUAAAUCCAAGUUAUUAGAACAAACAAAUCAACAAGUUUUAGAUGAAAAUAGUAAUAUAAAUUCAACUCUUUCACCAGCAUUUACCCAAAAUUUUGUUCCAAAUUCUAGAAUUUUACCUGUAGAGAGCAAUUCAAUCCAGAAUGUGGAUGUUGUUUAUAACAAUACAUUACUCCAAUCAUGUAGUAGUAACCCAAUUAGUGGACAAGCUUGUAUGUUAGGGAAAAAAAAUGAUGGUAGAAAAGAGAGAAAUGAUAAUAGUACAAAUUUAGUUAAUUUGCACCAAAGACAUAGCUCUCUUUCUCAUACACCAACAUCUUGUUUUCCAAACUUUUACAAGAGAUUAUCAAAAUCAAGUAAUGAUUUACAUCUCUUAGCAAAUCAAGGUAUUUCUACAAGUUUAUUUGAUGUAGAUUUUGAAAAAAAUAGUGUCAAAAACAAAGCAAAGUGUAGCAGCACUUUCAAUGAUGAUAGAAAAACAGAUAACUACUCAAAAAUGUACGAUUCUGGAUCGAAUAAUUUAUUUGAAAGUAAGAAGGAAGGCAAUGCUAAGGACGGGUGUUUUUGGAUAAAUGCCCCUAAUCAAAUGUACACUGCAAAGAAUGCAAAUGAAAACAAUACAGAAAAUUUUAUAAAUAAAAAAGCUGGCAACUCAAGUUCUUUGAACGAUACUACUUCGAGUAAAAACCAUCCACGGGAAUGUAGAAACUCAGAAAUACCAACAAAAGAUGAUGAUAGUGAUACUUAUGAAAGAGUUUUGUGUGUUGCUAGAAUACGAUUUGUAAGUCCCAGUUUAUCAACGCUCUCUAAGAAAAUGUAAAGAGCACCAUGAAACCAAAUUCUUUUUACAAAAUUUCAAUAUUAUGUAAUAUAACAUAUAAACAUUCAUAUAUACAACUACUAUACGUACAUAC